GACUUCCCAUGGGCGGGAGGGAAAUAGCACACACCAUCUGGGGAAGAGGACCAGGAAAUCACUUCUUGUUUUCAAACAGCGGCCAGCCGUCGGGGAUGGCUGUGUGAGGCUGGAAGGACCACAGCAGAGAGGCACCGGUCAGAGAGGAGGCUGAGCUUGGCUCGGAGCUCCCAGUCCUGUCUGAGCCCUCCUCAUGAGCCCAGCUUGGCUCACCCUUCACCGAGCAUGAGGCUGCGGGGCGAGUGGCCUUGUAGCAGAGAGCUGGAACUUUGUUAGACGUCUGAUUAGAGCCGGAGCUGGCCUGGGGACGACGGUGCUGGGCAGGCAAGGCAACUCAAACUUGAAGACAUGAAGUCCCCAAGGAGAACCACUUUGUGCUUUGUGAUUAUUGCGAUUUAUUCUUCCCAAGCUACACUGAGUUUGAAUUUAGAGUCUAUUGUCUAUCAUUCGCUUCUCCGUGAGCAUGAGCUAAUGGAAGAGGACCCAGUAAGACCAAAACGAGCUGUUGCUGUAAGCAGCCCUGCAGCUCAAGAGUUCACCAUCGAUGUUGAGAUCAGUUUUGAAAAUGCCUCCUUCCUGGAGCCUAUUAAAGCUUACUUGAACAACCUCAGUUUUCCAAUUCAAGGGAAUGACACUGACCUAGCUACCGAUAUUUUGAGCAUCGAGGUGUCAACAGUCUGCAGACCUAAUGGAAAUGAAAUCUGGUGCUCCUGUGAGACAGGCUAUGAGUGGCCUCAGGAAAGUUGUCUCCACAAUCUCACUUGUCAGGGACAUGAUGGCUCCUCUGCAGGGCGUCACUGUCAUUGCCUUAAGGGACUGCCUCCCAAGGGACCUUUCUGCCAGCUCCAGGGAGCAGAUGUUAUCCUGAGAAUGUCGGUCAGACUCAAUGUGGGCUUUCAAGAAGAUCUUAGGAACUCUUCCUCUGCCCUGUAUAAGUCCUACACGACUGACCUGGAAACAGCGUUCUGGAAGGGUUACAGUAUUUUACCAGGCUUCAAAUUGGUGACGGUGACAGGAUUCAGGCCUGGAAGUGUGGUUGUGACGUACGAAAUCACCACAACAACAACAACAUCACCUGCGUUAAUGCAUAAAGCGAACGAGAAAGUCACACAGAACCUCAAUCAGACCUACAAGGUGGACAGCAGUUCCUUUCAGGUCACUUACAGCAAUGAAACGAAAUUCUCCAUCACACCAGAAAUCAUCUUUGAAGGAGAUACAGUAACCCUGAUGUGUGAGAAUGAAGUUUUUUCCACCAAUGUGUCCUGGAUGCACGUGGAAACGGGCCUCGACAUCCAGAACAGCACUGAAGUCUCCAUCUACACCUCCAUGCUCAACAACAUGACCUCCAUGUCACGCCUUAUUAUCCACAACAUCACUCGGGUUUACAUGGGUGAAUACAUUUGCAAACUGACAUUAGAUAUUUUUGAAUAUGCAUCCAGAAGAAAAUUGGAAGUUAUACCCAUCCAGAUACUGGCAAGUGAAGCUGUGGAGGUGAUGUGUGACAACAAUCCUGUGUCUUUGAACUGCUGCAGUGAGGUGAAUGUGAAUUGGAGUCAAAUUGAAUGGAAGCAGGAAGGGAGUAUAAGCAUUCCAGGAAAUGCUGAAAUAGACACAGACAGUGGCUGCAGCAGAUACACCCUCAUGGCCAAUGAAACUCAGUGUCCGAGCGGGUCGUCUGGAACGACAGUGGUCUACACGUGUGAGUUCAUCAGUGCCCACGGAGCCAGAGGCAGAAAGGACAUAGAAGUGACAUUCAUCUCUGUAGGAGAUAAUUCCAGCCACAAAGGGGAAGUGCGCGAAUCCCAAAGGCUUGUGAUGGAAAUGAGUACAGUUCAGAGCACCACCAAGAACAGCCUAGAAACAAGUAAAGCCCCGGAGCAGCAAGCCAAGCUAAACAUAACCCCGGACCUAAUUUCUGUUUCUGAGGGACAAAGCUUUUUUAUAAAGUGCAUCAGCGAUAUGAGUAACUAUGAUGAGAUGUACUGGAACACUUCUGCUGGAACUAAAAUAUACAAAAGGUUUUAUACCACGAGGAGGUAUUCGGACAGAGCAGAGUCGGUGCUGACAGUGAAGACCUCAACCAGGGAGUGGAAUGGAACCUAUCACUGCGUAUUUCGAUACAAGAAUUUGUACAGGGUCAUGGCCAAAGAUGUCAUCGUGUACCCGCUGCCUCUAGAGUCCAACAUCAUGGUUGAUCCUGUGGAAGCUGCAAUUCCAUGCCGAAGCUCCCGUCACAUCAGAUGCUGCGUUGAGGAAGAUUCAGACUACAAGGUCAUUUUUCAAGUGGGUUCCUCGUCCUUUCCUGCUGUAAAAGAAGUUGAUGAAAAGCAAGUGUGCUACAAACACCAUUUCACGGCAGACUCAGUUUCCUGUCCAGAAAAUGUGGAUGCGUUUUGUCACUUUACCAAUGCCGCUAAUAAUUCAGUCCAGAGCCCGUCUAUGAAGCUUAACCUGGUUCCUGGGGAGAGCAUCACUUGCCAGGAUCCUAUCCUAGGUGUUGGGGAGCCUGGGAAAGUCAUCCAGAAGCUUUGCCAGUUCUUGAACAUUACCAGAAGCCGUGAGAGUCCUAUUGGAGGGAUCAUAACUUAUAGAUGCGUGGGUUCCCAGUGGCAGAUCGAGAAAAAUGACUGCAUCUCUGCUCCAAUAAAUGCUCUGCUCCAGCUGGCCAAGGCUUUGGUUAAGAGCCCCACCCAGGAUGAGAAGCUCCCGUCCUACCUAGGGAAUCUUUCCAUUAGCACAAAGCAAGCGAAACUUGAAGUCGAUUCAUUUUCUGGGACCCUGGGAGCUAUUAUUAACAUUCUGGACCUGUUCUCAACAGUUCCAACCCAAGUGAAUUCAGAAAUGAUGACGCACGUCCUCUCCACGGUCGAUAUCAUCCUUGGCAAGUCUGCCUUGAAUACCUGGAAGAUUUCACAGCAACAAAAAACCAAUUAUAGCUCGCAGCUAUUGGAUUCAGUGGAAAGAUUUUCCCGAGUUUUACGGGCAGAAGACAGCACCAUCUCCCAACCUAACGUGCAGAUGAAGAGCAUGGUCAUAAAACCUGGCCACCCCCAAUCGUACAGGCAGAGCUUUGUCUUCUUAGACUCUGACCUCUGGGGCAACGUGACCAUCAGUGGAUGCCAGCUGGAGCACCUGCAGCCAGAUUCAUUUGUCGUCACCGUGGCUUUCCCAACUCUCAAAACCAUCCUCGACCGGGAUGUUCUGGGAGAGAAUUUUGCCAACAGCUUGGUGAUGACCACCACCGUCAGCCACAGCGUAACCACACCAUUCAGGAUUCUGAUGACUUUCAAAAACAGCCACCCUUCGGGUGGGAUACCGCAGUGUGUCUUCUGGAACUUCAACCUCGCCAACCACACCGGGGGGUGGGACAGCAGUGGGUGCUAUGUGAAAGAAGUCACCGAGGACAGUGUGUCCUGCAGCUGUGAACACCUCACCUCCUUCUCCAUCCUCAUGUCCCCCGACUCCCCAGACCCCGACUCGCUCCUGAAAAUCCUGCUGGAUAUCAUUUCCUACAUCGGGCUGUGCUUUUCCAUCUUGAGCUUAGCGGCCUGCCUUGUCGUGGAGGCCAUGGUGUGGAAAUCGGUGACUAAGAACCGGACCUCCUCCAUGCGGCACACCUGCAUUGUCAACAUCACCGCUUCCCUGCUGGUGGCCGACGUCUGGUUCAUCGUGGCCGCCGCCAUCCACGACCAUCGCUUCCCGCUCAACGAGACGGCCUGUGUGGCCGCCACCUUCUUCAUCCACUUCUUCUACCUCAGCGUCUUCUUCUGGAUGCUGACCCUGGGCCUCAUGCUCUUCUACCGCCUGGUUUUCAUCCUGCACGACACAAGCAAGUCCAUUCAGAAGACGAUCGCCUUUUCCCUGGGGUAUGGCUGCCCUCUGGUCAUCUCAGUCAUCACGGUGGGGGCCACCCAGCCCCGGGAGGUCUACAUGAGGAAGAAUGCCUGCUGGCUCAACUGGGAGGACACCAAGGCCCUGCUGGCCUUCGUCAUCCCGGCCCUGAUCAUCGUGGUGGUGAACAUGACCAUCACGGUUGUGGUCAUCACCAAGAUCCUGAGGCCUUCCAUCGGGGACAAGCCGAGCAAGCAGGAGAAGAGCAGCCUGUUCCAGGUCACCAAGAGCAUUGGGGUCCUCACGCCGCUCCUGGGGCUCACCUGGGGUUUUGGUCUGGCCACCGUGUUCCAGGGGAGCAAUGCUGUGUUCCACAUUGUGUUUACCCUCCUCAAUGCCUUCCAGGGAUUAUUCAUUUUACUCUUUGGAUGCCUCUGGGAUCAGAAGGUGCAGGAAGCCUUGCUGAAUAAGUAUUCACGGUCAAAAUGGUCUUCACAGCACUCAAAGUCAACAUCCAUAGGUUCAUCUACACCUGUAUUUUCUAUGAGUUCUCCAAUAUCAAGAAGAUUUAACAAUUUGUUUGGUAAAACAGCAGCCCCAAGGGCUCCCCCAGGCAAUGAUGGAAACCCUGUUAGCCGUGGCAGUCCGCCCAUCUGAUGGAACAUACAAUGUUUCCACCCCCGAAACAACCAGUUCAUCCCUGGAAAACACGUCCAGUGCUUAUUCAUUGCUCAACUAAGGACAGGAAAAUCCAGCCCAUGGGACCUCUUGGGAAACAGUGGAUGUGCUCUGCAAAAGAGAUCCUUUCCAAGCCGUGGGUAACAUGUUUUUUCUACAGGCCUCUGGGAGCAGAUGCUUAAGAGACUUUUUCAUGAAGGAAGAGGCUUUCUUUUGUAAAGACAGACCAAAGGAAAUUGUUGCAUUUAUGUUGCUGCCCCACCCCUGUCUCCUGUGUGAUACCAAAUGUGUAUAGUAUUUAAUUGAAACUCACGCCAACUUCUCUGUCUAUAGUGUAAAGUAGAAUUUCAGAGACAUUUUUCCUUUUCACACCCUGGGCCCAAAGAUAAGCUUUGAUUAAAAUAAUAAGUAAAAGGCCAGGACUUAGUAAACUCUUCAGUGAAUUCUAGGAAGGAAGGAUGGAAGAGAGGAAGAAAGAAAGAAGAGGGGGAUGGAGGAAACUACCAGGAAAAAAUAUAGAGAAUAACAGAAGGACCAUGUGUUAAGAUUUCUAUGUUAAUGACCCACUACUUUUACUACUCAGAUAAUGCAACACUGAAAAUUAAAAAUGUCUCCAAAAUGAAAACUGAAAAUUAGCCAUGGAGAAAAUUGAAUAUUUUCCUGGUGUUUUCUUAGCUAAGAGAGAUCAAAAAAGGAAAAAAAAAAAAAAAGGCAAUGAAAAACUAGGGAGGAAAUUAUAUCGUCAAGAUGCUUUUAAGUGGAUGAUGAUAUUUACAAGAAUUUCACAGAAGACAGGACUCUCCUUAUGCUAAACACAUACAUAUGUGUUACUGCGUGUUAAGGUUGAAGCUAAGAGGAAUGAAUGGACAGAGGAAGUGUGAUUAGAUUAUUAGAUCCCAGCUGACCACCUGCUGAUUACAUUUUUAUUAUUAAUAGUUUAGCAGAACAGCCUUAGGUUUUGGUUUGUUCCACUUUUUAUAAGCAAAAAUAUAUAUAUUUGUCUAUCCAUUCAUUUCCAAAUGUGAUAUAUUGCACUGAAAACAGACCCCCCAACUGUCAUGAAUUAUAUUUAACAGCUUUAACCAGGUACUUUUCUGUGCAUGCUAGAAAAGAUUUUAAUGAUCUUACAGUGUUGUAUAUUAUUAUUUUUGUAGUUACUGUGGAUGAGAGGCCCUGGAUGUGCUGUAUAGCUCUGUUAAUUCUUUCAGUUCCUAAGUUCCCAGACCAAUAUACAUUUGGAGUUUU